AUGGAGAGUCUACGGGUAGGCUCCAACAGACACUCCGGUUACCGAGAAGUCACUCCUCGAAUGAUUGAUCAAGACGGAAAGCUACUAUCACGGGCUCGCAGGUGGAUUCGGCGUGAGCUGCAGGUAUUCACCUUUUUGAGCUUGCGAGAGGGUCAAAGUCAUGCUAAUAGGGGUGUUCGAAUCGGUAACCCGGAGUACUUGCUCGAAUAUAUCGUUGCCGUAAUACGUACGGUAGAUAUAAAGGGGAGUGCAGGACAGGCCGAGAUGAUGCUACGAGAUUUUCUGGGGAAGGAAUAUGCGUGUUUAUUCCUGCAUGAGCUGCAGUCCUGGCUGAGAAGUCCGUUUGAGACACUGGGAGAGUGGGACGCAGCAGUUCAGUAUGAUGAAAUUGGGAUAUCAUGA